UAGUUGUCUUCCAGUGAUGAUUCCGUUCGCACCGUCUCCACGGAAGAUGCCGGCCGUACACCACAAAUUAUUACUUGAGGAGGCCCUGCAGGACAGCCCGCAGACGCGGUCCCUGCUCAGUGUAUUUGAAGAGGAUGCAGGAACCCUCACAAACUACACAAACCAGCUGCUCCAGUCUAUGCAAAGAGUGUUUGGAGCACAGAAUGAAAUGGCUCUGGCGACAGAACAGCUUUCUAAGCAGCUGUUGGAGUAUGAGAAACAGAACUUUGCUUUGGCCAAGGGAGAUGAAGAGGUGAUCAACACUUUACAACACUUUGCCAAAAGUGUGGAAGAGCUGAAUUCUCUACACGCUGAACUGGCCACACAGAUUGCUGAUAAGAUGGUGUUUCCCAUUGUGAAGUUCAGAGAGAAGGACCUCACAGAGAUCAGCACACUGAAGGAGAUAUUUGCCAUUGCCAGUGAUGAGCACGAAGCUGCUAUGGUGAAAUAUAGCCGUCUACCUAAGAAGAAAGAAAAUGAAAAGAUAAAAGUAGAGAUUGUCAGAGAGGUGGCAGAUUCUCGCAGGAAACAGCAUCAGGCUGCUAUGCAGUAUUAUUGCGCUCUGAAUGCUCUGCAGUACAGGAAGAGAGUUGCCAUGCUGGAGCCCAUGCUGGGAUACACAAACGCACAGAUGACUUUUGUUAAGAAGGGGAUGGAGCUGAUUUCAAAGAAGAUGGGCCAUUUUCUCACAUUGGUUUCCAGCAUGACACAGAGUAUUGAGUCUCAGUUAGAGGUGGAGGCAGAAGUCAUGCGCUCGUCUCAGAGAGAGCUUCUCUCAGUGGAUGACACUGUCUACAUGCCGGAUCGCUAUCUAGCACCUGUGAAUCGUGCCCUCAUCCAGAAAGCAGGCUACCUCAACAUCAGGAAUAAGACAGGUCUGGUGACUACGGCGUGGGACCGCUUGUAUUUUUUCACACAGGGUGGUAAUCUGAUGUGUCAGCCACGGGGUGCAGUGGCGGGCGGGAUGGUUUUGGAUCUGGACAACAGCUCCGUCAUGGCCAUUGAGUGCGAAGACCGGCACUACUGCUUUCAGAUCACCUCACCCAAUGGCAAAACGUCUCUGAUUCUUCAAACGGAAGGCAAAAAAGAAUACGAGGAGUGGAUUUGCACCCUUAACAACAUUUCAAGACAGAUUUAUCUUUCAGACAAUCCUGAGGCUGUGGCUAUCAGGUUGCACCAGACAGCUCUACAGGCUGUGACACCCAUUACCAGUUUUGAGAAGAGAGCUGAAGGUUCUCCUAAUCCUGACCGUGCGAAACCAGGUGCUGUAGCCGCGGGAGAGUCUCAGAAGGCCUUUGAGGCUGAAGAUCUGAUCACUCCUGGAACACCAAUCCAGUUUGACAUUGUUCUGCCCAUGUCAGAUUUCCUGGACCAAAACAGAGCUGGAGCGAGACGCACAAACCCCUUCAGUGAGACGGAGGAUGAUGAUGACAAUGGUUCGGACACACAUGAUUCGCUCUUGCAGCAGGUCUUUGCAGUGCGGUUCUUGGGUUCGAUGGCUGUUCGGGCCGGUCACACACAGGAAGUGAUCUAUGAAGCCAUGAGGCAGGUUCUCGCCGCACGUGCAAUCCACAACAUCUUCAAAACCACCGAGUCCCACCUCAUGGUCACUAGUUCCUGCAUCAGACUGAUUGAUCCACAGACAGAAGUCACCAAAAUCAGUUUCCAGCUGAAGGACGUGUCUCAGUUUGCGGCUCAUCAGGAGAACAGCAGACUGAUGGGGUUUGUGCUGGAGGGCAGAGACGGGGAACCAUCCUUCAGUGUGUUUGUGUUUGAGAGCAACACUGAGGGAGAGAAGAUUUGUUACACAAUAAACAUGGGGAAAGAGAUCUCAGAGGCAAGGAAGGAUCCUGAGGCGUUGGCCCAGCUGAUGAAGUCAAUGCCCCUGACAAACGAUGGAAAGUUUUUGCUGUUGGAAAAUGAGAUGGGUGACAUGGCCGAUGGGGAUGGACUGGAAGAUCAGGAGUCAGAGGCUUGAGAUGAACACAUUACACACACACACACAUAUUCCCUGCUGCUUUUCUCCCCUGAUCUCCCAACAGACUACACAAAAGACAAACUUCUUUAGCACUUAUCCAAUUUAGUGUAAUGCUCGUACGAAAGAGAACAGCAAGGUCAAUGGUUUGAGUAUGCCAUUCAUCAGUUUGCAGGUCAGAGAAAUAAUUCCCCCAGUCACAGUAUUUACCCACCCUUUAUCUUCCAGACAUGUAUGAUGAAUGGGGAUCGAGGCCAUCAACCUCCAAAAGUGAAAAAAAGCACUAAAAUAACUCCAUAUGACCUAUACGCAAUACUUCAAGUCUUCUAAAGCCAGACGAUAGCUUUGUCGUUAUUCGCUGAAAAUCGGCACCUCUGCCGCAGCUCUCAAAUCUCAUUUCUGGGUGAACGUUUGCUUUUUUAAUUCUGUUUCUUAACGUCACGUUUCAACUACAAUCAGACAUUUUUCAUGAUAGUUAAAAUAUAUGGGGGGUGGGAUUCAGAUUUUACACUACUGGUUGUCACCGCAAGUACGACCAUGAAUCUUUAUUUGCACUUUCUUUGUUUCAGUCGUAUCUAAGAUAUUAAAUAAUAGCAAAUUAUCUGAAGAAAAUAACGGCUGCAUUGCGACGUUAUCCUGCACCGUUCCACUAAUUUAGUGCAUUCUGUAAAACUGGUCUGAAUCCUAAUUUGCAUACUACCCGUCCUAUAUACAGUAGUAGACAAGAUGAUGAAUAUUGCAUCCCAAAUUAAUGUAUUGAAAAUAGUUUAACAGAAUGAUGGCGUACAAUUUUCAGUCGAUUUCCGAAAUAUGCAUUUUUUUGCACUGAUACUGCCCACAAAUCAAUCACACUUUUAUUUCUCAGUUGUGGUAAAGAAUUUGCAUUUGUUGCACUACAUUUACUCUUCCACAUUAGAAUUAUAUUGUUCUUCACCGAACAUUUUGAAAACACUCCAUUACCGCAUCCAUGGGAAAACAAAUUAGUAUAGAUGUGGCCUACAAGUAAUGAAUUUAGCUAGAUGCUAACGCAAACUAAAACACAAUUUUAUAACGUGGUAGUGUCUCAGUACUCAUACCAUCCAUUUCAGAAUGCAAAAUUAAAACAUUUGUUUUUUUAAUUCUCAAUUUGGAAUGCCCAAGUCCUCGUGGUGGUUUAGUGACUCGUCUCAAUCGGGUGGCGGAGGAUGAAUCUCAGUUGCCUCAGUGUCUGAGACAGUCAAUCUGCGCAUCUUUUCACGUGACUUGUUGAGAACGUUGCCGUGGAGGCUUCACACUAUUCUUCUCGGCAUCCACGUACAACUCACCAUGCGCCCCACAUUAAAGCAACCACAAGGCGGUUAACCCAACGUGACUACCCCCCUAGCAACUGGGCCAAUUGGUUGCUUAGGAGACCUGGCUGGAGUCACUCAGCACGCCCUGGAUUCUAACGCCUUUUUAUAGUUAAUACACUAAAAAAUAUAUAAAUAAUAAAACACACAAUUGUGGCAGUAAUUAGAGGUAAUUUAUCAUCAUACAUACUAAUCCAUUUUGUGGGAAGAUUAAUAUUCUCAGGGCCAGUAGUUAAUGGGACUAAAUCGUUCUAUAGUUUUUCCAUAACUGUAUGUCAAAUCAAUUACGCUGAACCAAAUUAAUAUCAUCUCGCACAGCUGAAUGCUCGUAUGACCACUACUUACAAUUUUGUGUUUGUAUGUACUUUUAAUUUAGAGCUUUUCCUCAGUAUUUACAGUCUGAAGUAUCUUACAGAUCCACAGCGUUUCAUGAAACGGUACAGAACAUUUAUCCAUAAUAAUGUGUUUGUACUAAAGGUUACGGUUAUACAUCUAGUCCCUGAAAGUGAUUUUCAUGAAGUUGAACUGUUUACAAUUAUAAUAUGGUGAAGUUAUUUUAGAAAUGCAGAUUGAGAUCUCAAUGUAUGUGUAUGAAACUAAUAUGCCUCAAUAACCAUUUGAAAUGUCAUCUGCGAUGAGCAUGAACCAUGCUGGGUAAAAAAAUGAAAGAUAUAAUUGUUUACAAAGAUGUGCGCCAGUUAUUUUUGUUGGACUGUCAGGUUCUGCUCAUGUCUGUCUUUUCAGAAUGUAAAACUCUUGAAUAAAGCUUUGUGAGCAUUUCUAACAUCCUUUUAGAGUUGUGCAAAUGUUCAAUCUGAAAUAAUGCAAACUAAGUAUUUUAUUUUACACAACAUUUUCAGCUAAAAACAUCUAAACAGUCUCCAUUUCAGUCAGGUACAUAAUCGUAGAUCCUUUGACUAUCCAACAUACACAGAAGGAAUACUGAC